UUGAACAGUUUGCCUGACCGCAAGCAACUAUUCUGCUUUCGCUUGAACAGGUCUGAAAGCAAAGGUGUUUUUGUGAAAAAGAAAUUCACUCGAAGAGUCAAAGGGAAAGCAGCAACGAGCGGAUAUGGACGGAUCGUUUUCCUGCUAGACUAUACUGAAUGCGAUGUCGAACAGCCAAACAACGGUACGGAUGGAGCGUGUUCGCAAUAUAUGUAUUUCCACACAGCUGAGUUUUCGUUUGGAAUAGAUUAUAAUUUUGCGUCAAAACUGUGGGAGGUGGUGCUGCUGCGGAACUCAGGGCGAGCAAGGCAUCGUGAACACUAUGCCGAUCGUUUGGGGAACACUCAUGCAUCUAAACAAACGAAAAAGAUCUAUAAUUUUGAAGCAUCAUUCUAUGAAGCUGAGGACCUGUGUGUGGCGGAGGGCGGACAUUUGGCUUCCAUCCAUAGCCAGGAAGAAAACGAUCUCGUUUACUGGCUGAUGACCAACAACGAGCCAACAAUAAAAGAGUCUGAUCAAGCGUGGAUAGGUCUGAGAAGGAAGCUGCUUCUGUGGAAUCACCUCGCGGAAGACCAAAAACGAAGCUACAGUGCGUGGACCUGGACGGAUGGCUCUCCAGUUGACUAUUUCGAGUGGGAACCCGCUCAGCCAGACAACUUUGCAAAGAGCGAAUCAUGCGUACAGGUAAAUAACCUCCCAUCAACAUUCUAUGAUGCUGAAAAAAUAUGCAUUGGAAAAGGCGGACAUUUGGCUUCCAUCCAUAGCGACGACGAGAACAAACUCGUUUACGGGUUGGCGAAAACGAACGCCUGGAUAGGUUUACGAUUAGCAGCGCCAAAAAGCAGUCUAUGGAUUUGGACAGAUGGAUCUCCUGUGGACUUCCUCAAAUGGGCUCCGGAAGAGCCACACACUUGGAGUGCUAAGGAAGGAUGCGCGCAGGUAUUCAAUGCUACUAAAGAGCUUUACGACACCCAU